AUGUUGUCGUCUACUUUUCUAAUAUCUGCUUUGGUUUCUUCUGUCCUGGCUAUAUGGCCUCAACCCGUUUCGUACACAAAUGGUACCGGUGUUUUGUGGUUGGAUAAGAAUGUCAAGGUUACUUAUGAUGGCGGCGUUGUACGAUUAAUCCCCCAAAUUUUCUAUGAUGAUAUGAAUACUAAGAAAGUGUUGGCUCUACAGUCUACGGGAUAUUCUGGUGGCGGGACUGGAAAUAUUACAAGCAGCAAAACUCUUGUUUCCAAUGCCGUAACUCGAGCCAUGACCAAGAUCUUCUAUCAGGGUUUGACACCAUGGAAAUUCUAUGCACGAAAUACAUUACCCCAAGUUGAGCCGUCAGCUACCUCAAACAAGAUCUACAUCACCGAGCUCUGCAUCACCCAGACCGGACACGACAACUCCUCCACAUUUAAACCUUUGGAUGGCCAGGUGGACGAGUCAUACAACCUCACGAUUAGUACUGAUGGAAAGGCCGCUAUCAGCGCCCUUUCAUCUAUCGGUAUCCUUCAUGCACUAACAACAUUCACACAACUUUUCUAUACACAUUCCAUUGCUGGGACUGGUGUCUACACGAAAUUAGCUCCCGUGACGAUUUACGAUGCACCAAAAUUUGCACACCGUGGAUUAAACAUGGAUGUAUCCAGAAAUUGGUAUCCUGUCGAGGAUAUAAAAAGAAUGAUCGUGGCCCUCGCAUACACCAAAUGCACCAUCUUGCAUUUGCACAUCACCGACGCUCAGUCAUGGCCUUUGGAUAUCCCAGCAUUUCCUGAAUUGUCAAAGUUGGGCGCUUAUCAGACCGGAUUGUCUUAUACCCCCCAUGACCUCAAGGAUAUCCAAGCAUUUGGCGUUAACUAUGGUGUCGAAGUCAUACUAGAGAUUGAUAUGCCUGGUCAUACAAGCUCCAUAGGGUACUCCCAUCCUGAGCUCUUGGCCGCCUUUAAUGCCGAACCUUGGGACACUUACUGCGCUGAGCCUCCUUGUGGAUCGUUGAGGCUUAAUGACUCUGUGGUACCAGUAUUCCUGGAGAAAUUGUUUGAUGAUCUUCUUCCUCGAGUCUCUCCAUAUUCAUCAUACUUCCACACUGGCGGAGAUGAAGUUAAUGUUAAUACUUAUUUGUUGGAUCCCACCGUUCAGUCAAACGAUACAGCAGUUCUCAAACCUUUGAUUCAGGCAUUUGUGGACAGAAACCACAAACAACUUCGAGCUGCCGGACUUACACCAGUGGUUUGGGAAGAAAUGAUCACCACAUGGAACCUCACCUUGGGGACUGAUGUUGUUGUUCAAUCAUGGCUCAGUGAUGCCUCUGUCGCCCAGAUCGUCGCUGCUGGACACAAAGCUCUCGCUGGCAACUAUAACUUCUGGUAUCUCGAUUGCGGCAAAGGACAGUGGCUCAACUUCGAACCAGGCACAUCCUCCGAGAAGUUCUUUCCCUACAACGAUUACUGUUCACCUACGAAGAGUUGGCGCUUAGUCUAUUCCUACGAUCCGCUCGCCGGAGUACCAGAAAACGCGACUCAUUUGGUUAUUGGCGGAGAAUUCCACAUCUGGUCCGAGCAGACGGAUCCAGUGAAUAUCGACGAUAUGGUGUGGCCAAGAGGAGCUGCCGCAGCAGAGAUAUUGUGGUCGGGAGCCAAGGAUCCAGUAACUGGCCAGAACCGAAGUCAAAUCGACGCAGGUAGCAGAUUGCCAGAAUUCAAUGAGCACAUGAGACAAAUGGGAAUCCGAUCGGGACCUGUACAGAUGAUUUUCUGUACACAACUUAAUUCGACGGAGUGCUCAUUGUAA